CUUAAAAGGAGCACGUGGAGAAGGAGUGCUGCCAUUUAGCCUUGAGGUUGCAGAGAUGGAAGAAAAUAAGGAGGUGAAAGAAGGGAAUUCAGAGACUGAAAAAAAGGAUGAGCUAAGCGACCAUUUCAAGUGCAAGAAGGGCGGAAUUAUCACGAUGCCCUUCAUCUUCGCAAAUGAGUUUUGCGAGAAGUUGGCAGUGGAUGGCUUCGGUAACAAUAUGGUUAACUACUUAACGCUACAGCUUCAUAUGCCUCUUACUAAAGCAGCCAACACUGUCACCAACUUCAAAGGGACUGCAAGCUUGACGCCAUUGCUUGGAGCCUUCGUCGCUGAUUCAUAUGCCGGGCCCUUUUGGACCGUCACUGUCGCUUCCAUUACGUACCAAAUAGCAAUGGUAUGCUUGACAAUAUCAGCGGCACUGCCACAGCUAAGGCCACCUCCAUGUGCAGGUAACGAAGUAUGCCAAGAAGCCAAUUCCAAACAAAUGGCAAUCCUUUACUUUUCUCUUCUACUGGCCGCCAUCGGAUCCGGCGGGAUCCGACCUUGUGUUGCGGCCUUUGGGGCUAACCAAUUUGUUGGUGUGGAUUCUAAGCACAAGACCAAUACAUGCGUGUUUUUCAAUUGGUACUAUUUUGUGAUGGGGGCAUCCAUGCUUCUGGCCUCAACAGUGCUAGUAUAUAUUCAGGAUAAUGUUGGAUGGGGUUGGGGGCUUGGAAUUCCUACAGUUGCCAUGCUUUUGUCAAUACCCAUUUUUGUUCUUGGCUACCCGCUUUACCGAUUUUUGGAUCCGGCAGGGAGCCCAUUUACUCGAUUCUUACAAGUCAUUGUGGCUGCAUUUAGGAAGAGAAAGGUCCCCAUGGUUUCUGACCCUAAAAUGUUAUAUCAGAAUCAGGAGAUUGAUGCCCCUUUUUCUGCAGACGGGAUGCUACAUCAUACUAAACAGUUUGAGUUCUUGGACAAGGCAGCCAUUGUGACAGUCAAAGACGUCGACCUUAAAUCUUCCCAAAAACCAAAUUUCUGGAGGCUGAACACCGUUCAUAGAGUUGAAGAGUUGAAAUCUAUUAUCAGAAUGUUGCCCAUAUGGGCUGCUGGAAUCAUCUUUUUCACAGCCUUUGCCCAACAACAAACCUUCUCUCUCCAACAAGCCAAUACCAUGGACAGGCAACUCACAAAGUCAUUCCAAAUCCCUGCCGCCUCAAUGAAUCUCUUCACCGUGACAUCUAUGCUCACCACGAUUGUCUUCUACGACCGCGUCUUCGUUCCUUUUGCAAGCAAGUUCACAGGGCUCAACCAAGGGAUCACCUUCUUGCACCGCAUGGGAAUAGGCUUUUUCAUUUCAAUAUUUGCCACUCUGGUGGCCGGCUUCAUUGAAGUGAAGCGCAAACGUGUAGGUUUGGCUACAUCCACUAGUACUCUCCCAAUCUCUGUUUUUUGGCUUGUGCCACAGUACAGCCUACAUGGGAUUUCAGAGGCUUUCAUGGCCAUCGGCCACCUUGAGUUUUUCUAUGACCAGGCGCCGGAGAGCAUGAGGAGCACAGCCACCGCACUGUUUUGGACAGCAAAUUCGGCUGGUUACUAUGCCAGCACACUUUUGGUUUCUCUAGUGACCAAAUUUAGCGCUGGACCGAAUGGAAAAAACUGGCUUCCAGACCAUAACUUAAACAAGGGGAAAUUGGAGUACUUUUACUGGUUGAUCACAUGCUUGCAAGUCCCAAAUUUUGUGUACUACUUUCUUUGUGCGAAAUUCUUUACUUUCAAGUCCCUUCACAUACAAACAGACGAAGGUGAUCAUGACUGGAAAGGGAAGGGAUUAGAGCUCGAGAACGGGGUUUAGCUGUAUUAAUAUAUAUAAUAUUAGAGAAACUGAUUGGAGGCUACAAGUGAAAAUA